AUGGCCUUCUCUGCAACCUUCAACUUCUCAUCACUUAUUCUGCUCUUCAUCAUCCUUCUUCAUCUGGCUGAAGCACACCAGACGGUGGUGGGUGUCUACGAAACUCCAGCACCAACCCCUCUUCCAGACGCAAUAGAUUGUGGAGUGGCAUGUGAAGGAAGGUGCAAGAUGUCAUCAAGACCACGUCUUUGCAAGAGGGCAUGUGGGAGUUGCUGUGCUGACUGCAAGUGUGUUCCUCCUGGCACUUACGGAAACCUUCGUUCUUGCCCUUGCUACGAUAAUCUCACCACUCGCAAUCAAAUUCACAAAUGUCCUUAG